GGGUUUUUUAAAUGUGAUUUUCAGGUGUGGGCAUAUAUAUAAGUUAUACUCCACCCGUAUCAAAUUCAACAGGUUGUGUUAGGGAUCCAAAUCGAUUCUCUUUUACUCAUUACUAUCGUUAAUUACUGAGCUCUUUCAAUUCUGUACGUAGGGCUUUAUAUUUUCCCUCAAUUUCUGGGCUAAUUAUUCUGGAUAGGGUGGACUAAACAGAUUAUGAUUGUUAGCUCUAAUUCCGUGUAUAUGUUGUUCAUAAAUCACCAACAAAUAUAAGGCAAAGUUACCAUAAGAGAAGAACUUUUUCUACACAUUAAUUUCCUGAUGAUAGCAGGGGUUGCUACAUGUGCUUGCAAAAAAAAAAACACAGAUAUUGGUUUGUUAUUGAUGCAUGUUCUCCAAAAAAAAAACAAAAAAGGAAGAAGACGAUGUCCAUCAAAUGCUCAAUUGGAUAAAAUGCUCAAUUAAACUUUUUCCACUUAUGAUUUGAGGAGGAUGUAAUUGACAAGUCAAGGCGACUUUCUCCGUUUGAGGUUCCAGAUAGCCAGGUUCCAAAAUUUCAUCUCAAGCUCCCAAAAACAAGGGUUAGAAAGUAUAUAUAGGUAUUUAUAGAUAUAUGGUGCCCCGGCCUCCCAAUUUUCAUCGACAAAUCAAAGACCUUGUUUCCAUGAUUUAGUUUCAAACUGUGAUAAAAUAGAUGAACUCCCACAGUUUCUAGAGUCUCCAUUGAAUUCUUUUAUCAAUGUUUUUUUUAAUUUUCUUUAGUGGGAGGGCACAAUGAUGGCAAUUGGAGCACUGGAUGACGCUGGCAAUGGAGUUCUGUCCCGGAAGUAUUCGUUUGAAGCUGAACCAGUGUGUGAGUCAAUAAGAGCAACCUUUAGGUCUUACUCUUCCUCUAUUUUUUAUUUAAUUUUAUAUUUCUAACUUUGUUUCAAUGAAUUGCUGAUUCUAUUUCGGAGCCUCUGUAAACCACCUCCAAACUUAACCAAAUAAAUUUUCAGUCUGAGCUUUUGCAAAUGGAAGGAGAUUGUGUUAAGGUCGAACUCAGGUAUCAUCAGGGGUCAUCUUUGGUUUUUCACAUCUCGAAACCACCUCCAAACUUCACCUCCCUUUUAUUUAGUUUUCAAAUAUUUUUUCUAUGAUUCAUUAAAACUUUUACUAAACUGAACACAUGUAGUUAAAAAUUUUUAUAUUUUGAGUGAUUUAGACCAUUUUGGGAAAAAACUCUUCCAUCUUUCGAACUAGAGAACAUUUUCGGAUUUUUGCCCAAGUCAUGAUAAAAUAAAAAUUGAGUUUGUCAAUGAGCACUUCUAAAAGCUGGCUAAUACUCCGUAUUUGGUUUUCCCCAAGUCAUGAUAAAAUUAAUAUUAAAGAUUAUAUUUCAACAAAACUGAAAUUUAUAGAAAAAUUGUCCAAUUACCCUUUUAAUUUAUGCCCUAUUUUAGAACCAAUGGUUGUUCUAAACACGAAGAAAAGUUUACUUGAGAAAAUAGAGGAAAUGGUCAAUCUUGGAACCAAGAUUGCAAUGGACCACAUUUUAUAGCUCAUUUAAGUCCCAUUCUUAAACACCUGGCUGCUGGAAUCUUGAUUAGUCUUUAUGCCCUUUGUAUUAUUCGUAAUGUACAUGGAACCAAAGAAAUAAAUGAUUUUGGAGUUGUCUUCUUACUACUUAGUACUUGGCCUUAAGAACUCAAUUUACAAACUCUUUUCUGCAACCUAUGCCCAUAGAAAGAUGCUGAGCUCCGCUUCAUCCUCCCAUUUACAGCAAUGGACAUAUAUGUUUAGACAACUCCGGAGUUGCAUUUGCCGAGACUGGAUUGCUAGCGUCGAUGAAGAAAUUCGAUUCAAAUCUUUUUCAUCUUCUACAUCUCCUUCAGAACUCUUCGCAGGGUUUGAGUCGGAAAUUCGCCGGAAUUUCUCACUGGAUUGCCGGAAUCUCACUAGCCGGAAUUUUGCAGGGUUUGAGUCACCGGAAUUUCUCUCCGGACGAUGGGAUGGGCUGCAAGACUUGGCCAGGAACGGUGGGGGCUGUGCGUAAGGUUGAGGGGUAUUUUGGGAAAGUCAAUGUAAAUUUUAACUUUUACAGAGUAUUAAACUCCGUGCUCGAUCAAACCGGGAACUUUAAAUUUGGACGAAGGGAGUAUUAAAGUUUUCCUUGAUAA